UUGGUGGCAACAGUAAAUUUAUGUAAACACCGGUUUUUUGUUUUGUUUUUGAUGGAAAGGAGUGUCCCUUUCAUUAUGCCUGAUUAUUAUCCACAAUAAAUUGGAGACAUUGUUUUUUUUAUACAUAUAUAAAUAAAUGAUGACUACACCAAGCUCCAAAUCAGAUGACAUGAUGGAAGAGGAGGAAGCUCGCCAUUCUGCUGAUGAAGAAGAGGAGGAAGGAGAAAGCGGAGUUGAUUCAUUAGAAGAGAUGCAAAAGCGGCGUAGUAUCCAAAGCGGUAGAGGUGUUACAUUGUCCAUGCUGAUGAGUGAUGGGAUUCUCGAAGCUGGUGAAGGAUUCCUAACCAUUGAUUAUUUAGGGGCUAAAUUUGUUGGAGACUUACUUCCUGGAGGUAAAAUCAGAGCUCAAGAAACACAGAAAGUAUUUUCAUCUCCUAGCUCUUGGGCAAUUCAUUGCAAGAAGCUUUUAAAUCCAGAUAAAAAAUCUGGUUGUGGGUGGUCUUCUAUGCGGUAUAAAGGUAAAAAGCUUGACACCUAUAAAAAUUUGUGGUUUCGUAAACACAAGCAGCAAGAACAAGAAAACAAUGCUCAGCAACAAUCUUCAUCUGGUGUAAGUGGUGUUAUUACAAAGCCUUGUCACGGAGAUCAUUCUAUUGUUUCAGAAGAUGAAAAGAAAUGCAGUACACCAAAGAAAUGGGAUUUAGAAAAAAUUGCAAACAUGGUUCCAAGGCCUCGUCCAUCUUCGUCUCAAAAGAGAAUUAUUGUGCCACAUAGUGUUCUUGGAAAUCGAUCCUUUGCACAUGAUCUCAAUACAUUAGUAAAGUGUACACCAUUCAGUGGAUUAGAUAGAAUUCAACCCUUUACUGUAACCAUUGCAACUAAUUGUUUAUUGCUUGUGGAUUUUCACUGCCAUAUUAUAAAAAAUGAAGUUGUUGGUUAUCUCGGAGGGAAUUGGGAUAUUGCCUCACACAAUUUAGCUGUGUUGCAAGCUUUUCCAUGUAGAUCUGGAUUAGGUGAUAAAGACAGUGCAGCUAGAGUAGAAGACGAGAUUCGAAGAUCUUUAGAGAGACGCCAUUUAUCUGUUGUUGGCUGGUAUCAUAGUCACCCCACUUUUCCUGCCCAACCAACCAUCAAAGAUGUUGAUAGCCAAAUGGAGUAUCAAAUCACAAUGAAGGGAGAUAGUGAUUCAUCAUAUACGCCCUGCCUUGGCCUGAUUUGUUCUCCAUAUGACACACAACGACCAUCGAUGGAAGCUGAUUAUCUGGCUUAUUGGGUUAUGCCACCUCCUGAGCAUAGGCCUCAUGAGUAUGGACGCCCAAUGCAAAUGAUAUAUAGCAUCGCACAUGACUCAUUCCUUACUCAAGAUUUACUCAUGGAAAUGCGUUUGAUAUCGGAGUAUUAUCGAUCUACAGGUGAAGCAAUUGAUUUUAAUGUGGAUCUUGGAACACCACAAGCAGGUGGUUCUCACUGGGAGAAGCUGCAGUCUUCGCUCAGAACUAAACUUCCAAGAGAUCUAAUGGUUACUGGAGCACAAUCUACUGCACAAGCACAGGCAGUUACACAUUUUUGGGACUUCCUCAAAGGAAGUUAAACCAGAUUUACCAAAAAGAAACUGAAAAGUUAAUUUUCAUGAAGAGGGAAUGAUGCUAGUUUUGAAACCAACCACCUUGAGCAUGAGUCGUGAUAUACAAGUCAUUGUGAAGUUUUAUUUGUAUAUGUGCAUUGUGAAUUUUCAUCCAAUCCUCUUGGAGGAAAGAAAGGUUCCAUUUUUUUUCUGAAGAUGUUAUUACUAUAUACCUGUGAUCAUAUUUAUUUGUGAACAUCAAAUGCUCGUUUUAUUUAUACACAAUUAUACUGGCGACAGUAUUUAUUCUCAUUGGUUUUCUUGGGUCCCAUUUUAUCAUAUAGUCUAUUUAUUUUUAUAGAGUUCUAUUUUAUUGUUGUACAUAGGUUAUAGACUUAAAAGUUUCCGGUGGUAAAAAUAUUAUAUUUAUUUAUUUAUAAUUUUUUUAUAUAUAUUUUCAUCUUAGUCCUAAAUUGUUGAAUUGUUUUCUGUAUAUUAAUAUUAGUUACAUUCCAUUGCAGAAAUUAUGCUAUAUAAAAUUCAAAGAGAACGAUGCUUUCAUUAUAUAAACCGGUGAAAUUACCAAAACUUUUUUAUUUGUAUGCAAUUUAUUGUAGUUAAAUACCUAUACUAGUCAUUUCUUAGUGUAUUUGAUUUUGGAUAAUGCCUAGUUAUUUUGAAAUUUUUUUUCCGUUAUAAGUGUUUUAUUUACAAAAUACUUUGUUUGAAAACCCUUUAUUAUUUUUGGAUCUUAACUACAGCUACUGUAAUGUUACUGAUUGUUAUCAUUAUUCAACACAUUACUAUCUAUUUUAUAGUAAAUUCGAUGGUUAAUUCAAGAGAUAGGGAAAAUUUGAGUCAGAUAAAAGUUAGAGCUAAAAGGAUUUUUUUUCUUCACUUAACUAAAAAUUCAAAUAGAUACUUAAAAAUUAUACGUUUUAUUUUAAAUU